GCCCGAUCCAACCACACCUCUCACCCUACCUUCACCUCUUGCUCGCAAAACACACAAUCGUUAUUAAGGUGGAGGGCCAAAGUCAGGAUGACUACGAGGAGAAUCGUGUCCGAGAAAACGGUGCUAGAGAGAGAUGAUAAGGAUUUCGCGCCAAAGGCAGGCGAGAAGAGCAAUAUCACUCCGGCAGUACCUGCACAUGUGAUAUACAAGCUCUUAGGGUUUACAUUUGCAAUGAUCGUAGCUCCUAUAGGCACUUAUUUCCUCUCUGUGGACACGAUUUUUGGAGGCAACACAACCUGGGCUGGUGCAAGUGCGGCGAUUAUGGCGAAUGUGGUCUUAUUUGGCUUUAUUAUUGUGGCAUUCCAAGAGGAUCAAAGUGAUGCACUGGAAGCAGAAUGGAAGGAGAAGGAGUCGAAGAAAACCACGUAGUCAUGUGAUUAUACCCGUUGCACAGCAUGUUCGGAGUUCGGUCUGUAAGGGUCUGGGAGAGCAGUCCCCUUCUUGUCAAUUUCCCUAGAUUUGGCAUCGCCACGGCAUAUCCUACGGAUGGAUAGGUAGUUUUGGGGCACUAUUACAACGUCCUGCAGGCUGAAAAGAAGGGGCACGAGGUGUACGCUACUCCUCUAUUUGUUCUAUAUAUACUAGACAUUGUGGAGGCUAGUGUAUUGCUUGCCUGGGGUCGGCGUACCCAAACCUGCAUCAAUUGAGAUACCUCAUAUCCUCCG